AUGCGAGCCACCACACGAUUUCGCCAAUUGCUGUCCGAGCCUGGCAUCAUCACGGCGCCGGGCGCUUACGACUGCCUGACUGCCGCCAUCAUUGAGAAGGCCGGAUUCCCGGCAGUCUAUAUGACCGGCGCCGGCACCUCGGUGGCGCGCAUCGGCUACCCAGAUCUGGCCUUGGCCACCGCCACCGAAAUGCAGGCGAACGCCGCCGCCAUCUCCGCAACGGUGAAUGUUCCCGUCAUUGCCGACGCCGACACCGGUUAUGGCGGCACGAUGAAUGUGCGCCGCACCAUCCGCGAGUACGAACGGACGGGAGUCGCCGCAAUCCACAUCGAAGACCAGCAGUUCCCCAAACGGUGCGGCCAUCUCGAGGACAAACGCGUCGUGUCCAUCGACGAGAUGGUGCAGAAAAUUCGCGCCGCUGUUGAUGCCCGCACAGAUGAGGAUUUCACCAUCAUAGUGCGUACCGACGCCCUGGCGGUUACCGGUUGGGACGAUACCCUGCGCCGCUGCGAGGCAUUUACGGCGGCCGGCGCUGAUGCCCUGUUCGUGGAGGCCUUGCGCUCGCCUGAAGAAGGCGCCGACAUCGUGGCCGCAACUUCAGUGCCAUUGCUGUACAACUUCGUUGAAACUGGCAAGUCACCGCUGCUGAAUGUAGCUGAGUUGGAACGGAUUGGAUUCAAAAUGGUUAUAUUCUCCGGGAGCGCGUUCAUGGCCGUUGCACACACCGUUGCCCGGGUGAUGGCAGAACUAAAGGUCACCGGGACGACGGAGCAUCUGGUCGGCGAAAUGACCACGCUGACCGACGCCUUUGAGUUGAUGGGUCUUACGGAGAUGCUGGAACGCGAUGCCGGUUAUGCCGCCGCCACAGUUGCCGACUAA